UAAUUAGUCGAAGGUAAAAAAAUAAAAGCACCGCUGAAAGGACAACUACGUAGAACAUAAUAACCGUGAUUUUGUUUGCCUAUCUUACUUAUGUAAGGGUCUUGAUGUAUGACCACGUGGCAAGCACUUGUGGUGUGGGAGAAAUGUCCGGGGAAGAUGCUGCAGGACGCUGGAUUGUCGUCCUCGGCUCUUUCUUUGUCCAGUUUAUUGUCUGCGGCAUCACUUACAGUAUCGGGAUCUUCCAGAUAGUGUUUCAGGAUGUGUUUGGUAAAGACCACUUUGACACUUCCUGGGUGGGAUCCAUACUGCUCUACACCACAGCACUUACAAGUGUUGUGUUCCGAUGUGUGAUGUCAAGGUUUGGCAGCCGGUUUUGUGUCAUGUUGGGUGGGUUGAUUGCAGCUGGUGGCCUUGCCCUCUCUGUGUUUGUGAACGAUCUCUACCAACUCUACCUCACCUUUGGUCUCAUGACAGGUGUUGGAUUUGGCCUGGCUUGCACGCCCUCCAUCAUGAUCAUAGAGCAACAUUUCCACAAGGACCGUUUCCAGGCUAUCAGCAUGGCUGUGGGCGGCAUCGGCAUUGGAAUAAUCACCUUCCCGUUCAUCAUCAAGCACCUGCUAGAGUAUUACGCCUGGCGCGGGACAUUCCUUGUUCUGUCAGGGUUUGCAUUUAACCUGUGUGUAUGUGGAGUCUUGAUGUUUCCGCCACAGAAAUCCAAGAAGCUAAGACUUCUACCCUUGCUCUCAUGUGAACCGUUACGCAACCCGAUAUUCCUCGGGAUGUGUAUUAGCAACUUCUUCUGGAGUUUCGGCUCCACCAUGGUGUACAUGUAUGUUCCAGCCUACGCCAUCCACAUGAAAACAAACUUAGUGAGUGCGUUUCAGCUUGUGGCAUAUAUCGGAGUUGCGAGCUUCACAUCGAGGACAAUCUUUGCUUUCAUGGGCCGUAAGAGCGCUCUUGAUGAUGUGACAGCUGUGCUGUGCUCAGUGACACUAGGAGUAGUAUUGAUGGGUAUAUCAAAAUUAUUAUUCAAGAACUAUGCAGGGCAGAUUGGGUUUACAUUGAUAUACGGUUUCUAUGGUGGAUACUGGACAACAUUCCUCUCCCAGGCCUCACGGGAGCUCCUGGGGCCUGAAUACAUCGCCAUGGGCAACGGUUACCUCAGUUUCAUGAUCGCCCUUGGAGGUCUACUGGCCGGGCCCUGUGCAGCUAUUCUGAUCCAGAUGGAGAGUGGCUUCAAGAAUGCAUUCUACAUGGCAGGAGCUUCCCUAAUAUGGAGCAAUGUCAUCCUGCUGCUGUUCAAGUUUAAGCGGUGUGGGCCCAUUCCAUCAGCUGACCAGACAUGUGGCCCCAAGAAAGCCCCUCUUCUGGAUGACGGUGAUGAACCAGUCAGAAUUACAUUAGUGGAUGAGGAAAAAAUUGUGGUCGUCACUCCCAAUGGCUUAUCCCAUUCCCCAGAAACUGAUAUAUAGAAUGGAGCGAGCAACAACUUUGUCACCACUGUAUAGCACCCAAGCACAGCUGUGUAGCGCCGUCUUGCACUUACCUUAGACCUACUCACGAAAACCCUCCUAGCUCAACCAGUCAACCACCUGAAGUCAGUGUAAUCGUCAGAUAGCGAGUUUUUGCACUACUGUAACCUUAAACCUAUGCACCAAAAAACUGACCUAUCUUUACCAACAAACCACCAGGAGUUAGCACCUUCUUACAGCAACAGAUGGCAGAUAGAAAGUUCUUGCACCGACAGUGACAGAUUAUUCAUUCUUGCACCAGAUUCUAACCAGUUGUUAGCAUGACUUUUGUGUUUUUACUCUGUUAGAUGAAAGAUGGGUUAUUUGCGCCAUAUGAUCACAGUUAACACGUUUUCACACCAAUGGACUUCUGGAAACGUGUUGGUUAUGGGAGCAAAGUUAGCAUUUUAUGGAAUUGUUUAGGUUGCAUCUGAUUAGAGAUUAACUUAUAAUUAUGAUAUCAGAAAGUGUCACUGAUGUUUUUAUGCAUGUAUUAAAUUUUUUUCAGAGAUAUUCUAUCGAAAUACUUGUUUAUUUUCUAAUCUUAGAUAUCUUCAUUCAUACAAUUGUGUAAUGUUUAAAUGUCUUUGAUCAACCAUAAUCAGUUUGAAAACCCGGACGUAUUGAAUUCAUGACAUUUUUUACUAUGUUAAACCAGAGUUUGUUGACCUGUAUCAAACAUUUGUCUGUUUUCUCACUUGAAAUUGUUGCCUCCUCUAUUUUUCAGAAUUAUUAUUUUUUAAUUAUUGACAUAACCUUGGUGUUGUAAUUGUUUGUCGCCUAUGACUUUGUGCCAAUUUUUUAACCUUGGCCACAACUCACAAGCUGUUUAAGAUAUUCAAAUGAAACUUGGUACACAUGUUGCCAGAGACAAGGAGCACAUGCAUAGCAAGGACCACUACGGGUGACAGGGGAGAGUGGUAGAGGUGUCCCCACCAGGGGUACUUUCUGGCUGCCUCUCAAAAUGGACACCAGUACUGGUGUCUACCCAGGAAACAGAUACGAGAGUGAUUCUAUAUUCAUUCCUCACAUUUGAGCUUGAAAAGAAACUAGUAUUAACUAAGGACCAUAACUCUGGCCUUAAUCAUUGUUGAGUUAUGCCCUUUUUAGGCUGAGAAAAUAACAGACAAGAGUCAUUUGCUUUGCAGCCCUUUUGUUUAGAUUCCAAGUCAUAUUUUGCUGUGUACAUACUUGUGUAAAUUAGUUUUCAGAUAUUAGUGAGAAAAGUAGUUUAUUACUUCGGAUUCUUUUCAGAUGAUGACAAAACAUGUAAACAAGGAUAUCUUUGUGGCUGAAGAUGCUGCGGCAAGAUUUGUUUGUUUGUUUGAAAUCAAUCGAGGGCUGAAUGCGAAAAGGUUAUAAGUGACAUAAAAUAAAGAAGCAGAUAGAACCUUUUCGCUUUCACCACUCGCAAUGUAACAUAGGACAAUCAAUUUUUGAAAUUGUAAGGGGCAAUCACACAUGGUUUUAACAUUUUGAUUCAUGUGAAGAAUUAACAAAAUAAAUAACAUGCUUCUCUGAACCUUGUUUAUAUGAUUGUAGUUGAAUGAUUAUUUAGACCUGUACAAUGCAUGAUUAUUCCAGUAUUAGCUCGUAUGUUUUUCAGAAGAAAAUGUUUAGAGAUAUUGACAUAGCUGUGGUGUUGUUGGUUGGCGGUGUGCAUACACACAAUGUUUAAAACAAUAUUGAGUAAGAGUUAUGCCCCCUUUUUAGGAAAAAAAAGAUGAGCGUUGUUGUUCACUCUUGCUUGUUAAAAUAACAUGACAAUGUAAUUCAUUUUGAUCCAAAAAUAAUUGCCCAUCAACUUUAAUUAUUUUGAAUAAUCAAUAACACAUUUCAUACCAUAUAAAUGUCAAUGCAAUUUCUUCUGAUCCUAAAAAUUGAUUGUUUAAAAACUUUAUACCAAAAUAUUUAUUAGAGUUUUUAACUGGUUCUCAUUUAGUGUUAUUCUGUCGCAUUAUAGUUUACAAUGCAAUUAAAAUAUCUGUAUGAAGUUUGACGUUAAAUGCUUUUCACAUGUACUUUUAUGAACAGUACAGUGUAUUCAUUGCAGCUCGAUUUUUUUUUAUAAAUAUGUAUAAAAUGUACAUACGAUAAUUCUUUGUUACAGUGUGCGAUCGCAAUAUAUUCCACAGAGUGUACACCAAAGCUUUUUAUUUCACAAGUUCAACGAGGGAAUAUUUACUUUGGUGUUCACACGAUGAAAUAUAUUUCAAUCAUACACUGAAACAAUUUUUCUUUUUAGUAUAAUAUGCUUAAAGGGAUAUAAAUUGACAUUUUAUUGUAGUUUUUCAGAAAAAUGUGCUGAUUGCUAUGGAAAAUGAAUGUCAUUUGAAUUUUGUCCCAGCCCUGUGUGCAUGUGAUGUUUUAUCUGGACGUGAAAAGGGGCUUAAAUUUCAAACAGUGAAAAAUAUCAAAUUGAUAUCACUGAUAAAUCUCUAUAAACCACCAGAAAGCAUAUAAUAAAUUGUUGACAUUAUAUUUGUUGUUGGGUUUCAAGGGAACACUGUAUAAUUUGUGGUACUUUUUUCUUGUGAUAUUUAAAUCAAAUUAAAAACGUUCAUGAACAAAAUUUGUAAAAAGAAUUGAGAGAUAUUUGUAUUUAUUUUGAAAAGUGAUAAUGACAAAUUGAAAACGAUUGAUUUAACACGUUUAAUUGCUGUUUGUUUGUUUUUGCUGUUUGUUUUCUGAUGAUUUUUGCAUUUUACAUAUUUUGCAAAUAUAAAUGAGAAGAAAUCGAGCUGGACAAGUUGUUAUAUUAUUAUAUGUGGUAAUAAGGACAUUACCGGUUUGUGCAAUCUUUUUAUCCUUUAAGGUUGUAGGUUAAUUAAAAAGUUUCUGAUAUAUAAAAUAUACAUUUAAAAUAUACUGUUGAUUUGUUGUAUUACUGAUUAUUUUUGAAAGAUAAAAGUGUCAAAAGCAUGAUCAUUUUCACCAAAGAUCAAUUUCCAUUCUGUUGUUUUUGAAAGAUGAAAAUUUGUCUCAAUUAUGCUCAUAAUUCUUAAGUUUAUUGAGAUUUUAUUUUUGAAGUGUAUAUAAUAGAUAAAUAUGUGAUUGUAAAUAAACCAGUAAAUUUC